ACUUCGUCUCUUCUGAUUGGGAAGCUCCUGUUCUGUCCCUCGUUCUACUUCCCGACGCGGAGCGAUACGGAUGGGAAGGGGACUUGGCAUUCCGGCGGCGCUCCGUACUCGGCGCCUCCGUCUUCUUCUGCUUGUUCUCCUCUGCGUUUCUUUGGAUUUCGGAGGGAUCUUCAUCUUCCGAUCCGACGCUGCUGCUGCGCUCCCGAAGCAAGAAGUUGCCGCUCUUAAGCAAAUCGCAAAAGAACUUGGACAUAGAAAGUGGAAUUUCACGAUAGAUCCUUGCUCCGGAACUGGUGGGUGGAAUGAAACUAACGGGGAGGAGGUUAAUAGUGUCACUUGCGAUUGUUCAUACAACAACAGGACGGUUUGCCACAUCACGAGCAUUUUGCUGAAGAACCUAAACCUUUCGGGCGUGUUGCCUGCAGAGUUUGCUAAUCUUACCUUCCUACGAGUCCUUGAUCUGACACGCAAUUAUCUCAAUGGAUCGCUACCUGCUGCAUGGGCUUCCUUACCUUUAACUGACUUAUCUAUCUUGGGAAAUCGUGUAUCCGGAUCCAUCCCAAAGGAAUUUGGAAACAUGAAAAACCUUACAUCACUGGUACUUGAGGCCAACCAACUUGAAGGGCCUCUUCCUCCAGCACUUGGUAACUUGGCAACUUUGGAGAGAUUGCUCAUAGGCUCAAACAAUUUUACUGGACAGUUGCCUGACACAUUCUCCAAGUUGACAAGUUUGACAGAUUUUCGAAUACAUGGGAACAAUCUCUCAGGAAAGAUACCUGACUUCAUCAAGAGCUGGACAAGACUUUCAUCCUUAAUGAUCUUUGGAACAUCCAUGCAAGGACCUAUACCUGAGAGUAUUUCUUCUUUGACAAAUUUGACAGAUCUGAGGAUUACUGACAUUGGAGGACCAGGUUCACAGUUCCCACCAUUGCAGGACUUGCAAAAUAUCAAAACACUGAUACUACGGAACUGCUUGCUUUCAGGUCCAAUCCCAGACUACAUUGGUAGAAUGGCAAAACUGAAAACAUUAGACCUUUCAUUCAACAAUUUGAGUGGAGAUGUUCCAGAAUCAUUUGAAGAUCUAAAAAAACUUGAUUUCAUGUACCUGACAAGCAACAAGUUGACUGGUUCAGUACCCAGUUGGACUUUGAUAAGCCAAAAGAACCUGGACCUCUCAAAUAACACAUUCACUGGGGCUCCACGUUCUAGUUGUUCGGAGGGCAACUUGAAUUUGAUCGGUGCCUACUCCUCUAUGAAAGAUAAUUCAAUCAAUUCAUGUUUGAGAAAGGACUUUCCAUGCUUUAAAAAGGCACAAUACUAUAACUUGUUUAUAAAUUGUGGAGGAGUGGAAUAUAAAAUAAAUGAAACAAAGUAUGAAGCCGAUGUGAUGCGAAAGGGAGCAGCAAUGUCUUUCAUCGAACAAGACUCCCAUUGGGCAUUUAGCAGUUCAGGGAACUUCAUGGGUGACCACUUUGAUGCAGAUGAAUACAUAGUUACCAGAACAUCUAAAUUAAAUACACCCAACUCAGAACUGUACACAAACGCCCGUGUUUCUCCUCUUGCUCUCACAUACUAUGGUUUUUGCCUUCAGAAUGGCAACUACAAUGUCAGUCUCCACUUUGCUGAAAUAGUGUUUACAGAUGACCAAACUUUUAGCAGCCUUGGAAAGCGCAUAUUCGAUGUCUCUAUACAGGGCAAAUUAGUCUUAAAGGAUUUCAACAUCGAGGAAGAGGCCGGUGGCCCUGGUAGAGCUCUCAUUAGGAGUUUCGAUGCUAAUGUUACAAGCAACACCAUCGAGAUCCAAUUUUACUGGGCAGGGAAAGGGACAAUGUCUAUUCCAAAUCGAGGAGUUUAUGGGCCUCUUGUUUCAGCUAUUUCGGUGACACCGAACUUUGAACCUGAAAUUGACAGCGAGGAUGCGCUCAAGAUUCCAGUCAUAGCUAUUGUCAUGAUUGUCAUUGCUGGUUGCAUUAUUCUCUUCUUGAUUCUUGUGAUCCUUCGUAUGAGAGGUUGGCUGGGUGGUGGAGUACCUGAGGAUAAAGAACUUAGAGGCCGAUUAGAGAAACAAACCGGAUAUUUCACUCUGAAACAGAUAAAAGCUGCCACAAAAAACUUUGAUGCUGCAAAUAAAAUCGGCGAAGGGGGAUUUGGCCCCGUUUACAAGGGUGUCCUUCCAGAUGGAGAAGUAAUUGCAGUGAAGGUUCUUUCAUCCAAAUCAAAGCAAGGAAAUCGAGAAUUUGUUAAUGAGAUCGGCAUGAUUUCUGCCUUGCUGCAUCCAAACCUUGUAAAACUAUUAGGAUGCUGUAUUGAGGGCAACCAAUUGAUGCUAGUGUACGAGUACAUGGAGAAUAAUUCCCUUGCAAAUGCUUUGUUCGGUUCAGAGGCGGGUAGCGUGAAACUGGAUUGGCCAACAAGAUGCAAAAUUUGCAUAGGUAUAGCCAGAGGUCUGGCUUAUCUACACGAAGAAUCAAGGUUGAGGGUUGUGCAUAGAGAUAUCAAGGCAACAAAUGUGCUGCUCGAUAAGGAUCUCAAUGCAAAAAUAUCGGACUUCGGUUUGGCUAAACUUGAAGAAGAGGGAAAAACCCAUAUCAGCACUCGAAUUGCGGGAACAAUAGGAUAUAUGGCUCCGGAAUAUGCAAUGAGGGGAUACCUGACAGAUAAGGCGGAUAUAUACAGCUUUGGAGUGGUGGCCAUGGAGAUUGUCAGUGGAAAGAGUAACACAAGCUACAGACCGAAGGACGAAUGUGUAUACCUUCUCGAUUGGGCCUAUGUCCUACAAGAAAAAGGAAGCCUCCUGGACCUGGUAGACCCCAGCCUUGGAACAAACUACUCAAAGGAAGAGGCUUUGAGGAUGUUGAAGGUGUCCCUGCUCUGCACGAGCCCAUCUCCCACGCUCAGGCCUUCCAUGUCCACUGUGGUGAGCAUGCUUGAAGGUCGAGCAGCGGUGCACGAGCCCGCCGCCCCUGUCAGCGGCGUAUACUUGAGCGACGAUUGGAGGCUCAGGGCGGCCAGCGCCUCUUUCUUGACCGACGCUGGCAGUCUGUCUCCCUUGGAGCCCCAGACAGAGGUGACCGACCAAUGGAAUGAUGAGCCGGGUUCCAUGUCUGCAAGGGCAGAGCAGACCACCCUCACGUCAAGCAAUUCUUGCAACCCCCAUGACACGUUUGAGAUAGACGUGAAAUAGUGUCACAGUAAGGUCAUAUACUCGGUAUGGUGGUAUCGAUAUUAGGGAGAAGGUGAGCAGCCAAAGUGGCUUGAUCUGUUGUAUUGUUUCGUUCCAUAUUGUAUUCUUAUUAGCAUUUUUUGUUUGUUGUAAUAUUCAGCUUUGUUGGUGCUCAUCCAAUUAUAAAUGGCAAAAUUUAAAUGCGUCUUCUUAUUGUGAA